AUGGUGGUUGGACCAAACUAUGUUGUGAAGUCAUAUCCGAGAUUUUGUACUCGAGGAUAUGCAUUCACAACUGAAAAGACGAAACGUUCGCGUACGACCUAUGAUGCUGGCGUUUGUUCUGCAUCGGGAGAUGAUGUAUACUACGGACACAUACAUGAGAUUUUGGAAAUCAAGUAUUUAGGCCUGCUUGGAUUGCGCUGUACUGUUUUCUAUUGUGAUUGGCACGACAUCACUCCAGAUCGAGGUGUGAGAACAGAUGCAUUUGGUGUUACAUCAGUUAAUUCGAGACGAAAGCUGCAAUAUUAUGAUCCUUUCAUUCUUGCUUCUCAGGCCGAUCAGGUUUGUUAUAUCAAGUACCCCCGGAUAAGAAACAGAGAUGAUCCAUGGGUUACUGUUACCAGACUCAACCCGAGAGAUUCAGAUUCAUCUGCUGAUGAUGAGUCGGAAUCAGAGUAG